AAAAUGGGUAACAGUUUUUUUGAGGCAGUGCUGUCCUUGGCUGUUUGCAGAGCCGCAUUUUCCUUUGUCAAACCCUUUAAGUCAGCAUGAAUGCUAUCCUCAGACCAAUAGAGGAUACCUAGGGAAAGUACAUGAACAUGUAGCAAUAGUUCCUUUUAUCUAAUUUCCCAAUGACUGAAUGGUGACAUAAUACAGAGAAAUACUUCUUUAACAUUCUUCACACAAGUAGAAACCGCAGCUCCUCUCAAGCAACAAAUUCCAGUAACUUUUGACUAGAUGGAAACAGGGUUUGGAGCAACAACUGGUUAAGAUUGCUCCUUCUGUGGCAGCUGAAGUAUGUCCUGCUUUGUCAUUAUGUUACUCCCUCCCUUGAAUCGCUAGUCUUGCUUCUUCGGUUGUACAACAAAAAAGCUUUUAAGUGCAAAGUUUGGGUUUGGGGGAUUUUUGUUUGUGGUUUUGUUUUGUGGGUUUUUUUUAAGUCCAGCAAAGCUGAUAACUCCACCAUUUCUGAAAGCAGGCCCUUUUUCUUUACUUGUUCUGUUUCCUUGCAGAACUUUGCCACUCACUUCACUACCUGCAGCACCUUUGAGCAAUAAUGCAUUUCCUAAAAGCACAUUUAGCUGACACCUGUUCAUGGAGCACCUACCAGAUCUGUUCAGUUCAGGUGCUUCCCAUCUCUUAAUGCUUUCUCUAGCAUGCUGCUAGCACGAGGCCUGAAGGAGAUGGUUAUCUUUUGCCAAGAUUAAAAAGCCACAGAGCCUGAAGAGGUGAUGGCUGCUGCCAUUGAGUCCACAAGCUUUGAGGAGGAACAGCUUCCUAAUAAGAGAGAAACUAUGACCUGGAAACCCAGGAAAGAAUGUUUGCGGAAGAAUAUUCCACAUGUUCUUGAUAGUGAGUCUGAAGAAAGUGAAUUCUCUGAUACCUCUCACAAUGAAAAUGAUGUCAGUGGUUCUCCUGUUGACUGUGUUGAUAUACGUCCUGACCUGGAGGACUUGGGUGGUGAAGUCUGCAGUAUGCCUGAGGCUGUAACUUUUCCAGAGCAGCAAACUGUUUCUGUGUACGAGGUGGAGGACUGGGAUAAAGAAUUGGAGGACUCUGAAUGUAAUCCUUACGAUGCUGGUGAUCUCCACUGUGGAAGCUUUCAGGAAAAUAAUCUUUUGGCCUCAUACUCAUGGCGAGAGGAUUCGUUUUACAACCCAGGCUGUCACCACGCAGCUUGCCUUGCUUUUACGCCACCAGUUAGAAUGACUGAGGCUGGCCAGUUUGAUGAUGCUGAUGAAUGAGGUUGACCCUGGUCUCAGAACUAAGUUUGGCUUCCGAGUUGGAUUAUGUUCUUCACCGAUUGAGUCAUGUCAAGUCCUUUGGCUUGCUUGCAGAGUUCUGCAUAAGGCCAGAAAUGCUCCACCAUCUCUGAAGUUUUGCUUAGACUGCUUCUGAGCUGUUUAUAAAUUGACCACACUUGACCUCUGGAAACAAGAGUGCAGGUGCUAGCUGUAAGGAGUCAAUGCAUUUCUGGACUUUUUGUUUGUAUUAUAUAGAUCUGUGUUGAUGCUAAUGAUUGCUUGAGAGGAAGUAUUUAAUUUCUAAACUUCAGCUUGUUUGCCAAGCUUUGCGAGUUUUGACAUGCUGAUCCCUGUGUGUCUAUGUAACUUGCAAUUUUCUUUCCUUUUCAUUUGAUGCUGUCAAAUUGGUUUGGAUAGCUUUAAAAACUCUUCCUCCUUCCAGCUUCUCUGUUGUAUUUCUAUGUUGCAGUUUGUGAUUCUAUAUCUGAUACUGGUGUUUAACCAAAUUAGCCAUGACAAAUACAGAAUGAGUUGUUUUGUUUUUAUGUA